AUGCAAUUUAAAUACACGAGCUGCGCGCUUUUAGUCGUGCUCCUCUGCAUUUCAUUCACAAGCCAUCUUGUACGAGCAAGAAGUUUAAAAGGUGGGUGUUUAUUAUUAAGGCUAUUUUCUCACUAUACGGUAUAGUAUGAAGACCUAUCCGAUAUGUGACGCUCCACUUUCGAGUUCAGGGCGGCGGAGUCUCGAUUCGUUACCGAAAUCGCCCCGAAAUCAGCAUUCUUAUGUGUCCAGCAUUCCUAUGUGUCCGGCAUUCUCAUGCCCUGUCCGGUAUGGUUUUCAUUCCAGAGCAGAAGCUUUCUGGUAUAGAGUGAACAUUUCCUAAGGGUUGCGCAAUAAGUUCGGUCUAAGAAUUUGAACUUUUAACAAAGCCGUGAUUAACCUUUUAUCAUGGCAAAACGCUAUAAUCUUCGUAGAAAUUUUCCUUACCUAUAGAAGCACAUAACCUUGUACCACCUGUGUAUCAUCUAAUCGCAAUAGCUUUAAAAGUGUUACGCGGGUCAUAUUUUUGCCGUGUGACCUGAAUUAUGUCUAAAACACUUCAAACUUUUCAGCAAACUAUAAAAAUAUGGUGGUGCUGAAUAUCUAACUCCAAAAAACUUUGAAAUUUUUCUAACAUAAUUUUUUUUUCCUUGGGUAGAUUUAGCAAGUAUUUCAAAAGGUAAGAUUAUUUUGUUUUCUGCUUUUCAAAUACAAAUAAUGGCAAGAAAGUGAAAAAUAAUAUUCAUCAAACCAAUGGGAGUGACAAAAUAAAAACUAACGACAGUAAUCGCUGGAGAUAAGAUAAUAGACGAAGUUUUAUACGUUGCCCUUACCCAAGGUCCAACCCUCCUACCCUGUUAUAAACCCUAUUUAGUUUUUCGCUGAAAGGUACUCCGUACACCUUCCAAUUGAAAAUGGUACCCCGUUCCUACUUUGUAUGAAUAUACCGAGUCAUUUUCAACUUAUAUACAGCUAUAAGAGGCGUCUUUUCGAAAUAUUUUAAUUAAAAGAAUGAGGGGUUAAAGCGUUCAUCACUUCUCCAUCAUCCCAAAUUAGGAGCUUAUCACGUGAAUACUAUAAAGAGGUAUAAAAGAGUAGGCUUUUGCAGAUUAACAGAAGCCCAUUACCCGGAGGGAGUACCUCCCUUGUGUCCAGGCAACGGCGUUUUUACUGACCAGUUUAUUCUGAGAUCGAUUUUCCCGCAAAUUUUGAAUAUCAAAAUAGUCUUACAAAUCAGUCAUAAAAAAACUGGAGAUUAGAUAAAAGCACUUCUGAUGUUUUGAUAGCAUUUACUUCCUCUUUUUGAAAUUACCGUAGUAUGGAUGCGCACGCAUACGGAAGGGUGCUUCCAUUUUCGCAGGAAAAAGUGCUCAAAAAUAAUUAUAAAAAAUAACCUAAUCUGUGAAAACGCUGUUGCUUGGGCGAAGUAUCCGUCACGUCAAAAACGAGACGGAAAAUGGGCCGUAUAACUCUCGCAAAGCCUUCUGGGACUGUUACUGGAGACAGGAAAAUUAAAUAGUGCGUGAUUGAUAUAUUAAAAUUCUGAUAUGACUCCGAGGCUUUCUGGUCAUUUUUCUACAUUUGGUUUGGUUUUCUUUGUGUCCAAGUCUCUUUGGAAAAUUGCGAGACAAUAGAGUCGUGAAUUAGCAAUUUUGAACCUUAAGCCUCCGUUUAAUGUUAAAAAAUAUCGAAGGUGGGCAAUUAGCCAAUAGCUGACCGGCGCGUCCCAGAAGUAACGAUCCCAGAUGUCUUUGCGAAAGACAACUUGGCCUAGUUUCCUUCUCGGCUUUUUUAAAGUACCAAUGGGAGCUGCACGAUUCGGGGGGUAUGGGCUCCUACCCAAGUACACCUGUAUUUUCUUUUCUUUAGAAGAAGAUAAUGACCUAGAAUCAAAAGAUGAGAUCGACAGCGACAGCACUGACUUAACAGACGAUGAUUCAGAUGAAGCUACAGAUACAGCCGUUGAUACAGAUGAUGCAGACACCGAGGAUUCUGGUAAGAAAAUAUUCAGAAUGCACCGUGUGAUUCUUUUACUUCCCUUUCGCCCCAUAUAGGGAAUUACAAGACAGUCUACUUCUUGGAUUCCGGAUUCCAAGCCGUGGAUUCCGGAUUCCAGCCAAGUACAGAUCUUUGUCAGCGGAACUUGGAUUCCAUUCGUUACUGGAAUUCCGGAUUCCUAAAGCAGCAUUCUGGAGCCCAAAGCCUUGCAUUCCGGAUUUCACAAGCAAAAAUUUCCAAGAUUCGGGAAUCCAGAUUCCAGUACAUGGAGCGAUCAGUUUUCUUUCACUGAAUCACGGAGAACCUCUCAACUUUUGGAAAAACAUUUUUCCAUUUCCCUUUUAGGCUGCUGAAUGCUUUUGCUAAGUUGAUUUGUUAAUUUUUUGCUCUCUUUUAUUGCAGGGAGUAAUAUAGAGGCUACGAAGAGAGGAAAGCUUGCCAAAGAUUACUACUUCGAAGGUAUGUAAACUGAACAAAAAAUUAGAUUUAUAGAAAAUCUGCUCGGGACAAAUAUAAUACAAAAAAGUGCAAGGUAGGAGGAAACCAGGGAUAUAUGGUAAAUCGAUUUGGUAAAUACCGCAUUUUCCUCUAAUUUAGAACUUCGAGUUAACCAACAAGCUUUUAAGGUGGCUCAUUAUGUCACAGUAGCAUUUUCACCAUUUCUAUUUUGAUCGAUCAACUCUUUCAAUUGAUGCUACAGUAAUAGCAGCAAAUAAAUGCAGUUUCUGGUGAAUACAUCAGCACCAUUUUUAUAUAAAAAGUUACUAUAGCAACGAAGUAGCCUUUUUAUCUUGCCCCUUCAUCUUAGCGUUAAGUACUUAAAAGGAAGUUUGUCCCUCCACUUUUUUCUCACAGAAUUGAAACCAGCAUGUCGAGGUUUAGUAGUUUAAUUUCACCACACGCUGUUUAAACUUGAUCUAGUUAAGUGUUUAUUUCAUUCGAGGCGUGCUGACAUUGCUCCACCGAGGCCCACGUGUUCAUCGUCUUCAUCCGAUUGCGAGCCAUUUUCUCUCACCCUUUGUCGGAUUCUUGCCCGCUUUGUCCUUUCCCAUUUUUUGUUAUAUCAGUUUAUAGGCUUCCAUGACAGGUACGUUAAAAAACGUUUAGAACAGCAUGUUUGGUGGAGCUCGCAGAACCUUGUCCUACCUGUACGAGGCUCGCUGUAACUGUUCAUAAUAAGAGGAUUUCUAUGGAUUGGGUCCACAGCCCCUUACAUUUUCGAACAAUUUUAAUAAUCAGAUGAAGCUGCAUCCGGAAGUGGAGGCGAAAGCGGAAGUGGAGAAGAAGCAGCAAAACCACCACCUGGUAAGUCGCUUAGAUUGUUCUCCAGUUGCCAUGCAGUCAGCCUGCGAUCAAGCUCUCAAUCAGGAGACGUUGUAAAAAGUCACUCCUCAGUGGCACGCAAAGGGGAUUCGAGAACAAGGGUCGGGGGAUAGAGUCCUUUGCUCAGUCCUGUCUUGUCUUGUACAGUCUUGUCUCGUCGCUUCGCUCGCCACUAAAAUAAUGAUAUUACAAUAAAUAUUUUGGUUGUAGAGCGUAAGGCUUUGAGGGCAGCGCAUGUUAAAAAAAAACGUCCGUCAAACCACAAUGGCUGAUGACAAACUAUUCCUUGAAUGGAAAAAAAUUGCGUUGUAGCUAUCAUAUACCACGCCGCCAAGACUGAUGCCGAACUGAUUUCUUGUUGUAGUAGUGACAAAAGAAAGUGAAUUUUAAAGAAGACGUUUCACUUAAUAUUCAAAUUUCGAGAAAUAAAUUUUGCUAUUUAGUGAUUUUUAUGCAUUUUAUUUAUUUAUUCAUGAUUUUCUCGUUUCUUAUUCAGCUGAGCCUCUGUGUAAGCCACCUUGUGUCCUUCGGCCAGGCCCGGAGCACUGGGUACCACGUCCUCGAUACGAACCUGGCCCUGCCAUCCCCCCUCCCCCUCUUGAGCCACCCCCACCCCCUCCUCCCUGCCCUCCGAUGUGCAUGCAAACAUGCGCUCCUACAUGUGAUCCAAGCUGCUGCCAAGCUCCAAUGGCCUUACCACCUCCUCCACCGGUUCAAGCUUGCCAACCGUCAUGUGCACCAACCUGCUGCCCACCACCACCACCCCCACCAGUUCAAACUUGUCAACCAUCAUGUGCACCCACUUGUUGUCCAGAACCACCACCUCCUCCCCCUCCGCCUCCACCUCCGCCUCCUCCCCCUCCCCCACCGCCGAUGAUUUGUCCUCCUACGUGUGCCCCUCCAACGUGCGCUCAGAACUGCCCUCCGAUUUGCUGCAAGCGAGGAGAUUAGAUGAAAGUUUAAGAAUUCCAUCAAUUAAACAAGCAAGCAGGUCACGAUGAAAGAUAUGGAGCAACAUGAAGCAAAAAUUGAAUUCUUUUUAUCUCAUUUAAUGGUCUGCAAAAGGACAUUUCUGUACAUACGGUAUAAACACCUAUUGCUUGGUAUCCGAGAUGGUAUUCCAACGAUGUAAUUAUUACAUUGUUUAUUUCAAUAAAGUGCUGUAGGUUACUGAAUUUUGUGGUCUUAAAAAAGAUAGAACCUCACAACCCUUAGUACACCAUAGGGUAAUGCCCCGGGCGGUUACUUGAGUUAGUUUUUGCUGAGUAUGUGCCGCUGGUCUCUCAGAACCCCUACACUAUCAUAGUCUAUUGUGUGGCCAUAUUAUAGACCUCAUCCUAGUCACUUUGGGAAAAAAGUAAUUUCACAAUCCCAACUUAGUCACUUUCUGUUUAUACAUCUACCUUACAAAGGCUUUUAACUGGGUCAUCCUGAAAUGAGCUAACACAUUUGUUAAACUUCAUGUUAAUGAGGUGUAAAUCUUUCUAUUUUUAAAUCCCAACAUACCUGAAUUUUCUUACCCCCAAAAUCCUGAAAAUGUGCGACCACAUUCUAGUAAGUCUUAUAAAAAUGCAACCCCAUAAUAGUCAAUCCAGUCGUGAAAAUGCGACCCCAUCCAGCGGCACAUAUUCAUUAGCCUACUACUAGGAAGUCCCUUCCCAUAGGGUAAUGCCCUUGGCCGGGCUAUUUAACUGAAAAUGGUUCAUUUCUGCCAUCUAACACUGCUUGCCGUACUUGAUCCUCACAAGCUGAGGGAAAAACCUUGAGGAUAAGUUGGAUGAAUCCAACUAAAAACUUUAAAUGUAUAGUCGAUUAAUAAUGUCAUACUAGUGUUGUAACCUCUGUAAACCCCUAUACAAAUCAACUGGGUUUAGAACUAAUUUUUGAUACAAACGCCUGCUCACCUUAUUUUAGUAUUAAUUUUAAACUAACGUUUUAAACAGCUCUGUGAUGAUUUUUUCAUUGGACCAUUUCACAAUUGCGUCUGAUCUGUAUGGGUGUUUAUAAUCUGUACGUCGUAUUUAAUCUAGUAUAUAAACUUUACAUUGUUAAUAAUCUUACGCAUGAUAUUCACUUGGACCUGUAGUUCCGAUAUUUCCGACACUGAGAUCGCUCCUAAGGUAAGGUAUUUUCUCGUGUGCUGCUGUUGUUAGGUUAUGGACUUUCAAUCGCCUCCCUUUCAAUAUAAACAUAACAAUGAGGACAAUUUGCAUAUAAAUAUUUAGACAUCUAGAUAUCCUGGAUUUUAAAAUUGUUUAUCCCGUCAUUGCCCAGGCGGAAAGUAUUCUUGUAGCAGAAGGCGUUUUAUAAGUUUUUGUAAAUAUGAUGGGACGUGGCUUUGCAAGAUAGCUGUGACGUCAAUAAACAUGUUCGCCGUCCAAAUUUAUGGAAACUUAAGAUUCAUUGAAAUAGUGUUGAAUUUUGCAAUCCCGUGGGUUAAGUUAUCUUACAAUCGUAAUUUAAUUUGCUGCCUUACCUAUAAACAUGCUAGACAUUUUUUUAGGAAAAUAAAACGAAAGACGUCAUUUUCCCCAUGUCAGUUACGACGUCAUAUCAUAAUCAUCAUAAUCAUCAUAUAUCAUAAGCGUCAUAUCAUAUCUAAGGCAGAAAAUGAACAGCCACAAAAAUGAAGAGAUUCUGGCUUAACAUCACUCGUCUUGUAAACAUCUAGCCUGCACCACAGACGAAACCAAACUUUGGGUUAUGUCCGUCUGCGAAACAGCGCCGAAAUUCUUGUUCUAGGUCCUCACCUGUGUACCAGGAUUUGAGUAUGCACCAUGAUUGGCCUGUUAAAAAGGCCAUUGUUGAUUUGCCAAUCAGGUUGAGAGGAAAUUCGAAACGCUUCCGGUAAUUGGUUGAGUCCCUUGGGGGCCGAGAAUAAGUAUUUCGGCGCUGUUUCGCAGACGUUACUAACAGGAGUCAGAUCACGUCUACGACGCAGGCUAGCAAACAUCUAACAACAUCGUUUGUGAGUGUUGAACACCCGAUUCCACUUCCUUGAAUCAGUCUGAGUUAAGCUGUCAAAGGCCGGGUUUGAGCGACAGUUUGUUCAAAUCAAUGGCCCUGAAAGCCCUGAAGUUGUACCAGUCUUUGCGAGUGUUUGGAUAAGUUUUUAUUACCCUCGUCUCAGAUUCUACAGUUUUUAUUUUCGUUCAGCGUUUCUUCGCCAAAAGAAACGUAGUUUGGAAAAUGAAAAUGCCUUUUCUUGUCUCGGUCUCAUAUAUUGGCCUCUUGAACAUCAGCUGCACAGAGUUCUAAGAGUUCUGAUUUUCUUCAGUGUGUCUACCAUUUUGUUAUUCUACAUUUUUCAAUUGAGUAAACAAGGCUAAUUAGGAUAGUAACAACACAGUAAUCUCUUAACUUCUGUUUAAUAAAUUUAGAUGGACGGCCAUAAACAGCUGCAUAUCAAGUACAAAUUUAAACCGAACUGAUUCCUCAUCUUCAUUCUGCCGGAAUCCUUCCCGAAGCUCUUUGAAAGUCGUUUUAGAUAGAAGAAACUAAGUGUCUCUUACGGGGGAGACUGUACGUCUACUGAACAUCGCGUUCUUGCUUCUGUAGCUGCAGGAUUCAGAAGCGUCGGAUUACUUCUACUGCUUCUUUCGGCCGCGGCCGACGGAGGUGACUUUGGCAAGCUUUUAACAUGCAUAACAUUCCAAACGUUGUUGGCGGUGUGCUCCACUCUUUUGCACUACGUCUUUGUCCUUUGAACAGAAACAGCUUCUUCCCACUAGCAACAGAUGUUCAUGAAUUAUUAUUCUCACCCGUUUGAACUAUCUUUCGCGGUUUUGGAUUGUAUUAAGCUUCAAAUUUAAAGAUAAAACAAGAAUUUUACUAAGGGUUAUUGCAAAUUUUCCUCUCUGUUAAAAGUUGCUCCAGACGACUUUUGGGUCUUGGAGGUACAAGUUCAAAUCAAAUGAAGGUUAUGUGAGCAGAAACUAUUAUUGGGACACAUUCUUUUUGGCAAACAAACCUCUCCUUGCUCCGAUUACAGCCAGGUGAGCACACAAGAAUUAAUCUUCUAUAGUAAAAACUUAGAUUCUGAAUCGGAUUACGCUCAAAAGUUAAUUUUCGAACAACUUCUUUGUCUUCUCUUUGAUCGUCAGUGAACAAAAAUUGACAAGUUAGCUGCAAUUUGUAGCUAUUUUGUUAUCAAACAUUUAUGUAAACAGAUAAACAACCCGCCACUUUCUGUGAUAAACUAUUCAAGUAACCUUUAGGAUUCAACUCAACAAUCACCGUUUUAAAAGAAAUGUCGUAAUGCAUUUCAAAAUCAAUGAUGCGUGACGUUGUUUCACUGCAAGCUUAGCUGUACGAGGAAACGAAAAAAAUAACUGGUAAGUUUGGGGGAUUUUUGUUUUAUAUUCUAAAAGAGUAUCUGAGGCGUGAUUUUUGAUUUUCAUUUCUUUUUCGUCUCUUGACACCACAAAGGAGUGCUAGUGACCAUAUUUGGUACCUGUAAAUUUCUCACUUGUAAGGUGAACUUAGCGCUUUUUUUUUGUUCGCUUCAGAUGUUCUGAAAGAUCGACAAGAUGACCCGGGUUUGGCUUGCUUCAGCGAUUUUGCUGUGCUUUGCGGUCACGCUUCUGAAGUCUGAAAAGUUAAACAAUCGUGAAUCAGGUACGCGAAAUAAGUAAUUUAUUAACCGUGAAACAAGUUAUUCCAUGCCAUAAACUUCACCCUAAAAUAUUCACUUUUUAGUCCAAUUAUUUCAUAAUGUCAUUGCUAUCGAGAUUUUGGCCAUUUCUCUAAGGAACUAUUUUAAAUACAAAAAUAUAUUGAGCAUAACUAAGAAAAAAAUUGUCAACUUUCAAGGUAGUGCUAAAAGUAAAAAAUACAAUAAUUUAGUGACUUGGGAUGUGUCCCAGAAUAGAUCUCUAAAAAAGUGGCGAACACAAAGUCCUUAACUGGAAAAAACGCAGUCUCGUUGACGGGAAACAAUCAUGACAGAAUCCUUGAUAUUUGUUAGUUGUCCUAUCUAUCUUACAGUAGUUUGUAGUUUAAUGAUAAGAGCUCACACUUACCGGACCUUGGGGCAGGUUAAGGAUCUGGCAAAUGUUAGCAAUCAAUAGCACUGACACCUGUUGGACGUAAAGAUCGAGAUCAAGAAGCCAGUAUCCAAAGCGACAAGAGCGUUGUUGAUUGUCUGGGUAGUGAUCGUAUAUAUUUACUGAGUGGUAUAGUGGUUUUCAGUGAUUCAUUUAUACGGGACCUUAAGUUUGGAUUCGGGGUACAUUUGAGUGCAAGUAUUCAAACCAAGUUUGUGUUCUUUAUAGAUAAUUAUUCGUGGAUUAAUUUUACUUCUUGAGCCGGUGAAAAACAGGAGAGUGCGAGAGAUUCUCUCGGACGAGGCAACGCAUUUAAAAAAACGAAAGAAGCCCUUCAUAGUUUCUUGUCCCUGGUUGUUCAUUAACUGUUGACAGCUGUGUUGAAUAACUUUAAUUUAUAACUAUCCAGCGGAUGUUUACCACUAAUUAUAAGGGCCUGUUUACAAGGAGGUGUGGAACCCCAGGUAGGUCAGGUCACCCGCUUAGGUGGGAUAAGAGGGCCCUAAGUAGAGAUUAAUCCGGCAAAUACUAAUAUUCACCCUUUUGAACAAAUGAAGCCUACAAGUACCUAAAGCCAAAAAUAAAUAACACGGUCGUAUUAAAGUGAAUCUGGCGGUUAGCAUUUACUUAAAUGGUCACUGUAUUUUGUCGUUAAUGUUUCCUGAUCUUUGCGUCCAAUUCGUCUACUUCACAUAAUAUUUUGUUCAGUUUCUUUUCAAAACACAUCGCAACAAAUCGUGUUACAUGAUUUACAACACAAGGCCAAGUAUCUAGGGGUAGAAACUGUUUGAAUUACAGUAAAUCCUCUAUUAAGCGCCCCCCGGCCCCCCCUCUCAAAUAAGUCCCCCAUUUUCAGGGGAAGAAUUGAAAGUUAAUAAGCCCUCCUUUUUUGGCUGAGAUUAUAAUACAUUACCACAUGAAGCAGUUUGUACGAAAAACAAUUAAAAUAAGCUACGUUUCUAAAUUUUUCUAAAUACGAUUGCUAAAAGGGGAGAAAAGACAAUCAGGAAAGAACAAAUCUUGUAUAAAUAACAGUCACCUAAGUAUGAUACAAAACUGAAUUAAACUCUGGAAGUUUUAUCCAACUGACGUCAUCUUGAAAAUGGCCUGUUGAAAACCGCUUUAGGUGGCUGGACUAGAUUUUUUAGGGAGUAUAACUCCCCGCUUUGAACGUUUACUGCGUCAGUAUUAACAAAGAUAGCGCAAAAACGUUACCACAGCUGCACUAUGUAAAGACGAAAAUUUGUUAUGAUCCAUGUUUUAUUGACAUCGAGUUACCAUGGCAACAUAAUGACGCCAUUACGUUUUUCACUUGCCUUUGUAUUUCUUGGUUCUAGUAGUUUUUUUUCAGAAAUCGCUUGUACCUCCCUUAGUUGGCUCGGUUGUAGGAAAGUUUGAACAAAUUAUAUGAGAGAGUUUUGGAAAUUAAAAACAACUGUAAGCAGAUACAGCCGGUCAGCGCGGAAAAUCGUAAGCGAAGAAGUUACACGUGAACUUGCUUACCUGGUGACUGCUUCAAAGGGUCGUGUUGCCAUGAUAGCAAAAUUUCUGGAUCUCAACAGUGUUCCGGCAAUUAUGGCAAAAAAAAAAAACGAAAAAAUUUACAUCCAUCAUUCGACAACUCAAAAGGCCGCCUCUGUCAAGGAAAAUUGUUUAGAAUCAGAAAUUUGCUACCAUGGUAACGUGACGUCACAUUUCUCCUCUCUAUUGUGCAUCAAUCAACAAAGCGGAGAAACACUUUGGGCACUUUUAAAUUUGUAAGCGCUAUUUCAUUUACUCAGGAAAGUUCAGCAGGAGUGUGCCAGCUCUGCAGCAAAUUUCUCGACUGGAAGAUGCAAGAAGCCACAUCGCAAAACCAGAAAAGGAGGAAGACGGAACUAAAGACGACAAGACUGAUGACAAAAAGAUGGAACAAAAAGCUAUCAAAGAUAAUAAAUCUGAUUCUCAAAAGGAUGGAAAGAAACAGAGCCGUAAGGAACAAGAAAUAAUGAAAAAGAUUGAGAAAAAUACCAACGAAGACGACAAAUCUAAUAACCAAAAGAAUGAAAAGAAGCAGGACGAUGAAAAGAAACACAGCCGUAAAGAGCAAGAAAUAAUAAAAAAGAUAGAGGAUGAUGUGAAACAAAUAACAGAAGACAAAACGAAGAAAGAAGAGGAUAAAAAGCAAGGAGAUGAAAAGAAGAUUGAGGACGCUAUAAGAAAGGAAGACGAAAAGCAGAAAGAGAAGCUUAAGGGUGAUACAUAGUUAAUGGCAAUGACAUAGUUAAUGACAUAUUUAAUUAGCCAGUAAUUAAGCAGAGCUAGUCGGCUAUCGUAGGGGCGGAUCCAGGAAUUUUUUAUUUUGGUUGGGGAGGGGCGGGGUCCGAACUUUGGUUCAGAAAGGACUGUUGAACUUUUCUCCUGGCAAAAUAACUUCUCACAGAGACAACCACGAAUUUCUCAGUUCGUGAAUGCCGGUCGCCGCUGCUGUUGGUCCGGAGCCCCAGAUCCUCCCCCUGGAUCCGCCACUGAAUCCAGUUAGCCAUUCAUUUAUUCAUUUAUUCAUCUAUUCAUUCCUUCAUUCAAUUAAAUCUUUAAGUCCCAAGAAUGACCAACAACGAUUUUCUCCUAAAGAUAUAAAUGCAUAACGAAGAAAAAAGAUUAUGAAGAUUACUAGAAUGGUCAGCUAAAGGAAAAUCCUUUGAUCUUUUACAGAAUUCUCUGUACUAAUUCUUCAAGGAAAUGUAUGAAGAUGAGUCUGGUGAAUUUGUAUGCGUUAUUGAUUAUCCGGCCUUCGAACAACUGGGCCCAGAUUUUAGUGUUAGUGAAAUUUAUCAUUCUAGAGGAUCUAUCACUAGCUGGCAUUAAAACAACCUUAUCAGCUCAUGUAAUUGAGUGGGUUCAUGACUGACAACUACUGGUGGCAGUUACUGACGAUUAGCGGUAACCUGAUGUCAAAUUUUAAGAUUAUUCGAAAGCAUUUUCUGAUCUCGGAUAACUUUUCACAAUUCUUUGAAGGUCUUCCAAUCAUUAUAUUAUUAUAGACAAAUAUAAUUAAACCCGUGACCGGGUCAGGGUUAGCUGAUUGUUUUCUUUUAUUCUUUCAGCCGAUCCACCACAGAAAAAUACUCGCAAGAUUCAUAAAGACGCUUCCAAACCGAACCUUAAAACACACCAAGACAAGCCAGCACCUGCUCCAGCUAGACGCCCUGCUCAGGUCCAGAGACCCGCUGUCGCACCUCGUCCCCCGUAUCCAGGGUACCAGCAUGCUCAGAGGUACCAGCCAUAUUAUCAGCACCCGUACAACACCGCCCAAGCUGGAAUGCCACCCAUGUCCCCUAUGGGCGGAGCAUGUCUACAACAAUGUUGGAAGAAGUGCACACCAAUAUGUAUCCAACACAGAUGUUGUCUGCCAGGCAUGAGUAAUCCAGGGAUGCCACUUCCUCCUCCUCCUCCUCCCGUGUACCCACCACCACCUCCGAUUCCUCCCCUCCCCCUCCUCCAAUGGUAUUUUAUCCCCUCCACCACCACCCCCCAUGCCUAUUUCCUACCCUCAGAUGCAGACGUGCCAACCAUCGUGUGCUCCAGCCUGCUGUAUGUCUGCCCCGGCCCCGGCUGUUCCUGCUCCUGCUCCUGCCCCACAACCUAAACCAGCACCUCCUAGGCCCGUUCCACCCCGGCCCAGUCCUGCUUGCAACCCUGCUUGCGCUCCACAGUGCUGCACGCCCAUGUCUUCUUCAUAUCCUGCGCCUUAUCCGGCACCUUAUCCAAUGCCAUAUCCUGCCCCUCAAGCGCCAAGUUACAUGACAAUCCCAUCCUACAGUCAGAAUUUAUGUGGCGGAUACUCUGGAUAUCCCGGAUACCCCUGCGGGACUGGCAGCCCUGCAACUACCGCCAAACCCAUUGCAACGAAGCCAAAGAAAGCCUGUGCUCCAAUGUGCCUCAAGUUCUGUCUGACAGUCUGCCCUCAGGAAUGCUGCAGUGCUAACAUAACAGGGGUGCAAGUAGUCAAACCAUCUGCAAUAACCUCUGGUGCAGUAGCCACUCCAACUCCCUCGUCCUGUCCUGCAAACUGUGCAAAAGUAUGCGCAACACCAUGUCCUCAGGUAAGGAUGAAUUAUUGAGACUUUAAGCCCCAUUUUCCAAAUAGAAUAUAACAGAAUAGAAAACUUUAUUAAUGUGUCGGAGCCGUAUAGCUUGGGAAUAACCCCAUACUAAUUUGGGGACACAAAUUCUCCAGAUUGAUCUCCGUGACAUUUCCUGGGAGACGUUUUUUGAGAGAACUGAUAAACGAUCAAGGCAUUUCCCCUUAUGUGAUCAUUCUAUUAAUCAUAACUAUAACAAAAUUCUCAAAUCUGAUUGGUUCUCAACUGCCCUGAUUUCAGCCUUAAUAGGACAGUUUAAUAGGACAGUACGCGUCAUGCCUAAGUAAUUGGACAGUACGCGCCAUCAAGCGCGCGCUUAAAUGGCUUUUUCUUUUUCAUUGCUAGCGGAAAUAUCUUAGAAUUUCUUGUGUUUUGAUUUUAAAAGAGCCCUAUAUAUCACAAAUUUUGUUAAAGUUAUGAUUAAUUGGUAACAGAACUUCGUGUCGUUCAAUUCGGUCUGUAAUUAUACUCCAUACUCCUGAUUAAACAAAUCAGACUCCCGCUACGCGGUCGUCCGAUUUUGUUAAUCACUCGAAUGAUUACAGACCGAAUUGGACUCCACUCAGUCCUGUUACCAUUACUAAUUGACCACUCCAGAAAAUACCAUAACAUACCAUAAUGCUGGUCACGUAAAGGGUUAAACAAAUCGGUCAGUAGCAGGUGGGAAUACACGGGCAGGCCGUACCGGUCAAUCUAAAAAAUAAGAUAGGCUUUUUAAAGAGUUUCUUCAACACUUGUCAAUGUUGUGCAUACUAUUUAACCCUUUACGUCUCAAGAGCAAAAGACCGAAAUAAUCUUCUCCCAAAGAUAAUGUAAUGACAGUGACAUCGUGGAAAGACAUUUAAAACGGCUCCUAAGGCUGCAUCUACCCACUUCUCCCUGUCACACCAUUCUUAAUUAUAAGUUCACUCGGUUGUAAGCCGCAAGCUAGUCUAAACGUUUUGUGUGAAGCAGAGAAAAUGAGAGACAUCUGCACACUUAACAGUAUACUAAUCAAGUUUCAUCAGGAAAUUUUAAGUAAAACCGGCUUUCCUAACUCAAAACGAUUUUUACUUUUUGAUAGAGUUGUUGUACAUCUGGUACUCAGUCUCCCGUCACAAAACCUUCAGUGGCCCCUACGCCAACAAAAACCUCAGGAACGCGUGAGUACCAUCCAUGCUCUUAUAUUAAGCAGUGGUGGAUCCAGGGGAGGGGACCGGGGGUCCGCCCCCCCCCCCCUUAUUGUUAGACCAAACUGAGGCCGAAGGGCCGAAAAAAAGGGUCUGGAGGACCAGGCCCCCUUCCCCCCUCCCUAUCUCAAGUUCUGGAAUCGGCAGUGUUUAGGAUAUGUUAAACAGGGGAAUAUUUUGUGAUUGGUCUACUUCACACCCUCGAUUUUCUCAUUACUUGUUUCGUGUAUUGUAAGCCGGUGGAGAUUGAUUGAUCCUGGGUUAAACCUUUCUUGUAAUCCGUUCUAUGUAAAAAAAAGUUUAUUGUAUGUGAACGUCAACCAACUUUUAUCAUUUUAAUUUGAAUUAGUAAAGCUUACUGACAACGUUCUUUAAAAAGGACACGGUCCCUCCUAGAGAAGGGCCUGCCUUGUAUAGAGACCAGAAAAUGUAGAUAGGAAGCCACUAACUCCAAACUGUAACGGUAAAGAAAGUUUGUAUCUAUCGAUGUUUCUAGAUAACUGACCACCUACCCCUCCCCUAAGUCACAGUUUUGCCCUUAGUGAGAAUUAAGUGUUAGUGAUGACUUAGGGGAGUGGUAGGUAGUCACUUACCCAGAUAUUUCAUCUGCUCCAAAUGUUUUCUUUUUCAUAGCUAAACCAACGCCAAAACCGACAACACCAGCGCCAGUGACUUGCCAGUCACCCAUAUGUUCAAGUCCUCAGACGUGUCAACAAACAUGUCCCAAACCUGUAUGUUGUCAACGAUUUAACGACAUGGUAGAUGGCUGUCUGCCAAUCUGUUUUAAGAAAUGCGCACAAGUGUGUCCUAGGCGUUGCUGUGGUCCUCAUCCGCCAUUGGUUAAGCGCAUUGGACAACGCAUUGGACAACGCAUUGGACAACGCAUUGGACAACAGCCAAAGUUGAAUGACAUUUCGUUAAGUGGGUGUCCGAAGAUUUGCGCUGAUAUCUGUGCUCUGGAGUGUCCUCAUAGGUGUUGUGGCCCGGGUUCCCUGAAAAGGUCCUUCAUACCAAGAAGGACGCCUCAGCUAGCUUACAUGAAGAAUAACUAUGCCUAUGCAGCAAAACGGUUUCAGGUGCCUUUAUCACGUUACAGUAAGCCACGUGGAUUUAGCUUGAAGAAAAAACGGCACGUAAUGCACUAAUAAGCACUUUUCAAUACUCUUGGGUGGUCUUCGCUAAUUAUCUGGGGUACUCGUAAGUACUUCGACGACAAAAAAACUUGAGAAGCAAUGAGAUUUGCUUAGGCAAGUAUCACUUUUGGAUAACGCCGGCGGAUUUCAGUUAAAUACCACUUCUUGCUGCCGAUACCAACUGGUGAUCAACACAUUGCCAACCUAAACGUAUUACUUUUGUACUGUCUUAGUUGACAUCGCCGUCGACUUUGCUUAAGGUCGGUAAUGGCCUAUACGGGGAGGCUCCGCCCGAAAGGGGUAUCUAUUUUAGGCUUCAAACAUAUGAAAGGGCAGGGAUUAAUAGUUGAAGCAUAUUAAAGGGUAAAGAAAUCUGUCAUUUCGGUCUCUAAAAAUGACCAAAGGGGC